AUGGGGAAUUCCUUUGCGUGCCAGACUGCGUCGGGCAAGCCCGGCCGCUGCGUGUCUUCGAGUGACUGUCCCCGAGGUCCUCACACUCCCUGCCGGACACAGGGCUUCGUGGGUGACUCGGUCUGUUGCCCCUCGGAAUCGAGGCACAAGCGAGCGGCUUCGGAUUUCCCGCACGACCCAGUGCUGGCCGUUCUUCGCGAGAACAGGCAGCUGUGCGGCCGCAGCCCACCCACGAAACGGGACUCCGGGUCGCCGGACUUCCCGGCGGAGUACGUUCUCGGAGGAAAGGGCGUGAAUGACCAAAAAAGAUACCCCUUUGUGGUGGCCAUUUUUCGGGACGAGGUGAGCGUGGAGAACUUCUGGUGCGGUGGAGCCUUGAUCACCCGGCGCCUUGUGCUGUCGGCGGCACACUGCUUUCACAAGAUGAAGAAUACGCAGUUCCUGGUCAGAAUCGGCAGCUUGGACAUCUCUCCCGGACGCGGGAAGCCGUCUUCUGGGAUUCCCAUGGAACGUAAGGUCGAAACCGUGCUCAUGCACCCGAGUUACAACGGGCGGCAGCAGAACGCCGACCUGGCCCUGCUGGUGCUUGACUCGGAGGCCCAGCUGAAGGCUUCCCUCCGACCGGCGGCCUGUCUGCCUCUGGAAGGCGCUGAGCCAGACACCGACACCGGAGUCAUACUCGGCUGGGGACAUAACGCCUUUGGUGGUAAACUGCAGAGGCUGCUCCAGGAGGCGGACGUACCGCUGGUGGACAACAAGGCAUGCGACGACAGGUACCGGUCCUUGAGCGGCUACAAGACCGUGUUCCGGAGCGGCGUGGACCAGGACUUCCUGUGCGCCGGAAACCUCACUCAGGGGGGCGUGGAUGCCUGUCAGCACGACUCCGGGGGUCCGCUGGCCGUGCGGGCAUCUCGGGACGGCAAGUCCGUCUGGGAGCUGGCGGGCGUGGUGUCCUUCGGAGUGCAGUGCGGCACUCCCAGCUACCCGGGGGUGUACUCCAGAGUGGCCAGCUUCGUGCCGUGGAUACUCCGCACCAGCGCCCACCUCACCAACGUGAACGACGUCGUCUGAGCGGGAGCACAGUCAGCAGCAGGCUGUUGCUGCACGCCGCGCACUCAGGGAUUUACAGCUGUCUUCGAGGACGCAAUAAACAGUU